ACGGUAAGGCAGUGGUAGAGGUGUAUCGACAAGAUGCAUUUGCGUACGAGAAAUCUGACUUCACUAGGGCUAUGAACGCCCUAAAGGUUAUGAAGAGAGCCGCGUACGAUAAACUAAUGGGGAUUGGGCCGGAAAAGUGGGCUCGUUCGAUGUGUCCUAUGCCUGUGUGACGCUACAGUUUUAUGACAUCAAAUGCUGCUGAAGCUUUUAAUGCCAGAUUGUUGUGGGCAAGAAGACUUCCUAUCUGCUCAAUGUUAAAGGCAAUCAGACUUGUUAUUGAGAAAUGGUUCAGCGAGCGACUAAGGGCUGCACAACAAAACGAGGAAGUCUUGUCUGCUGAGGCCGGUAAAAGGGUAGCUAUUGAAGUCCAAAAAAGUCGUCGAUACACUGCACAAAGGUUGAGUGGCCGGAAGUAUAAGGUGCAAACUGCUGACAGAAGCUUUAAGGUGGAUCUGGAGAAGAAAAAAUGUGAAUGUCGAGCAUUUCAGCUACACCAACUGCCCUGUUCUCAUUCAAUCGCUGCAAUAAGUGAGGCAGGUGAUACGAUCGCGGAGUAUGUAGACUCUUACUACACGAAUGAAUUUCUUAUCGAUACUUACUAUGGCGAAGUUAAUAAUCUCCCGUCGAGACACCAGUGGUUGGUUCCUGAGUACAUCGCUGAGAGUGUUGUAUUACCUCUGAUUGUAAAGGUCAAUUGGGGCGCCCAAAAGAAGGUAGACAUCGAGGUGGUGGUGAAGGCAGCAACAUACAAGCAGAUGAGUCUUCUAGUAUCAGGCGUCGUAAACCAAAGAAGUGCAGCAUCUGCCAUGAAGAAGGACACAACAAGAGAACGUACGCUGGCAGGGCGACUGAGCCCAGGGAGUAGUGGUUUGUAUUUGUGUGUUGUAACAGUUAAUGAUAUUGAUUGAAUUUACUUAUUCUUCGAUAAGCUGAAAUGAUUAACUGGAAAUAAAGUUCGUUGAAUAACCAAAUAAACCACACAUGAAUAUAACAAUAUACAACACUAUGUAAAACCAAGUCUAGUGAAUCGGGCCUUCGCAGUUUCACACAAUCCAAAUAUAGAUCUAGCAAUCUUGCUCCUAUAUGCCCUCACGUUUCUAUUACCCCACUCAAUGGAUGGAGAGCCAGAUAUCAGUCGUUCAGCAUGCAUGCAGAUGAAAGGCCCGCAGCU